AGGACCCAAAAGUUAAAAAGAAAGCCAGAGAGAGGAGAGCAGGGGCAGAGCGCUCCCUCUCUCUCUCUCUGCCGCCCCUCGCGAACUAUUUGAUCUGCUAACCGAGGUCUCUCUCUCUCUCCGUCUUUUGGUGCCUCCGUGCCAUGCUGCUACUGCUCCUCACUCUAGCUACUUCUCCUCGCGUGCCCACCUAAUACACUCUAUCUGGCUAUCUUCUUCUUGGUCUUGGUCGUCCUCUUCCUCUGAUCGAUCUCCUGUGGCUGAGCUACGCACGUGACGCGUCUCGAUCGAUCUCUUGUUCGGAGGGAUUGUUGCAUAGGAGGGUUGGCGUGCGAGCGCUGGGCCGGGCCGGGCCGGCCGGGCUGAUGGCAUGAACCGGCGGCGGCCCGGAUGGUCCCGGCUCGGAACCUGCAGCUGCUCCGGGACGAGCAUGGCACGCCGCCCUUCGUCGCCCGCGGCGUGGACGCUGUGACGGCGCAGCCGCACCACAUGGCCCAGGAGCCCAUAAACCAGGAAAGCCCAAAGCCGCAGCAGCACCAGGUUCCUCCCCAGGAGGAAGAGGACGAGCAGCCAGCUGUGUUGCCGCCGCCGCAGCCCGCGGGCACCAGCGGGAGCAGCAGCGGAGGAAACAGCAGCAGCAACGGCGGCGGCGGCGGCGGCGGCGGGGAUUGGCUCCGUCUCGGCCUCGGCCCUAGCGCUGCUGCUUCUGCUUCCGGAACAGAAGCCGACCUCUUCGCCGCGGCGGACCGCGGGCCGCGCCAGGAGAUGCUCGUGCUCCCGGCCUUGGACAUGCCCAUGCCGCCGGGGGCCUUUCCGCGGCCCGGCAUUCCGCAGGCGUCGAUGCAAAUACCCGACGGUGGGCCGCGCGCCGGCCCGCCAUGGCAGAUGCCGCCGUGGAGCCCCGCGCAGCAGCACCAGCAGCAGCCGUUUCUUCUCCCGUUUGCUCAUCAGGCGCAAGCGCAACGCGCGUUCUACGCGCCCGGCUCCACGGCGAGCGCCUCCGGCUUCGACACGAUCAGGGUCGUGCUGCCUCCGCCGGUGCCCGCCGGCGUCUGGUUCGUCCUCCAGGCCGCGCCCCACCAAGGGAGGGAGCCGUUCUUGCCUCAGAUUCCAAGAAGCUACUUACGGAUCAAGGAUGGGAGGAUGCCAAUUAGAUUGUUGAUCAAGUACUUAGUUAACAAGCUUGGAUUGGAAGACGAAUCAGAGGUGGAGAUUACAUGCCGAGGGCGCCCGCUCCUCCCGUUCAUGACCCUGCAGCAUCUCCGUGACAGCAUCUGGUGCCAGAGGGAUGCCGUGUCGCCACUGGUUGCACCAGACAUGUCGACCGCUAACCACAUUAUGGUUUUGCAGUAUGGCAGAAGAACGUAGUAGACAACCCCCUCCCUUCUGAUGUCACUCACAAAAUGUAGAUUCUACCCCCUCUUUUAACCAUUUGCCGGUACGGCUGUGACUGUACCGACAACAGGCGGCAUGACGGAUGACAAUUCCUGACCGCCUGGGAUCGCGCUGCUGCUGAUCUAUUCAUGAACCACAAAAGAGAAGGUUGUGGAAUGGAGUUUUUUUCACUUGACAAACGGCGAGGUAAUUCAUCGGCACACUGGAGGCUGUUCCUUGGCCACCCCUUUUAUAUACAGGCUUGUUUUCUCCAGUGAAUUAUGAGAGAAAGCAGCUUGGAAGCUGCCUGACAGGAUUAGAUCAAAUCAAAACUGUGAGAGGAAGGGGUUUCACUGAAGAGUGCACUUCCAAGUCAUUUUGGCCCUCACUUCACCUGAUUUACUAAUUUCAGAUUCCAGCUGUCACAUUUUGUUCUCUGGUGCCUGCUUCUUUUCUUUGUGUUGGAAGAAGGCCAUGUUCCCCUUACUAAAGACCUUCAGAGAACAAACUUGACAUCUCACUGAGCAUUUUAUUUGUUCAUGACUUGUCCCUUGAAGCUCUUAUUUUUGUUUCA